AUGAGGUUUCUCUCUCUUCCCAAUCUCCUCUCUUUUCUCCUCCUCAUCACUACUUCCACCGCUCAGUUCCCUUUAAUUGGUGACUUACUCCACCAAUCUAAUCCCAUCGGCGACCUGUUGUCGGAGCAACCUGUGCAAAGGCUCGACCAUGAAACAUCAUUUCUCGGGCAAUGGGAAAUUGUUAGUGAAGACUCUGGCGUUUCGGCUAUGCACUUGGUUGUAACUCAUGAGAAUAAAGCUAUCAUGUUCGAUUCGACAGCAUCAGGGCCGUCGCAUGCCAUUCUGACAGCUAGUAACUGUCGGUCUGAUCCCACCGGGAAAACUGCUAUGUUGGAUUGUUGGGCCCACGCAAUUGAAUUUGAUUUGGAGACCUACAAAAUUCGACCUCUUAAGGUUUUGACAGACCCAUGGUGCUCCUCUGGUGGGUUUGCGAUGGAUGGCACUCUUGUAAAUACCGGUGGUUGGAAAGACGGAUUCUAUGCUGUGAGGUAUAUUAGCACUUGUGCAACAUGCGACUGGAGAGACUAUGCCAGAAUGCUCAAGGCACCGAGAUGGUAUGCGACUCAGCAGAUAUUAGACGACGGGAGCAUCGUCGUGAUAGGCGGGCGUCGAUCCUUCAACUACGAAUUCAUCCCAGCCGAAAAAACUGCAAACCCAAAACUCUUCGAACUUCCAUUCCUCCGCGAGACAACCGACGCUUUCGAGAACAAUCUCUACCCUUUCAUCCACCUCUCCACCGACGGAAACCUCUUCAUCUUCGCCAACAACCGUUCCAUUCUCCUCCAACCUCGCACCGGCCUUAUCCUGCGCCAAUUCCCCAUCCUCCCCGGCGGGUCCCGCAAUUACCCCGCCUCCGCCAUGUCCGUACUUCUCCCCAUCAAUCUCCGCCGCCAACGCACCGACCCCGCCAAACGCGCCACCCCUUUCCCCGCACAAGUCCUCAUAUGCGGAGGCGCCCCACACGAUUCCUUUUACCUCGUCGAAUCCAGAGACAUUUUUCUCCCCGCUCUUAAAUCAUGCGGGCGGAUUACCAUAACCGAUCCGCAUGCGACCUGGAUGAUGGAGAGAAUGCCGGUCCCUCGUACCAUGGGGGAUAUGCUUAUACUGCCAAACGGAGAUAUACUCAUAAUCAAUGGUGCGACCAAAGGCUGUGCAGGAUGGGACUUCGCACGUGAUCCGGCUUUCUCUCCUCUUCUUUACAAACCGGCUGUUACCCGCUCGCGCCGGUGGACAGAGCUCACGCCGACUAAAAUUGCCAGAAUGUACCACGCCUCGAGCGCGGUGUUACCGGAUGCGAGCGUCCUUGUCGCCGGCAGCAACACGAACCCCGCAUAUAAUUUCAGCGCGCUGUUUCCGACUGAGCUAAGAGUGGAGAAAUUCCGGCCACCGUAUUUGGAUUUGGAUUUGGCGGCGCAGCGGCCGGUUAUAUUGGCUGACACCGUACGGAAGGAGAUUUAUUACGCGGAGGGGUUUGACGUGGAGUUUGAAUUAAUGGAUGUUGUGGUGAGAGAGGACGUUAAGUUGACGAUGUACGCGCCGCCGUUUACGACGCAUGGGUUUUCGAUGAAUCAGAGGCUGUUGGUUUUGAGGAUGGAGGAAUUUGAGCCGUUGGAUGAUGGGAAGAGGAUUAGGGUGAGGGUGACAGCGCCGCCAUCUGGGGUUAUCGCGCCGCCGGGUUGGUAUAUGCUAUUCGUUGUUAGUAAAGGGUUGCCGAGCGAGGCCGUGUGGGUUCAUAUUCAGGCCAAAAUACUAAAUAAUUAUUAG